AUGAGUUCUUCUCAAGAUAAACAGAUGGCCUUACAGGCUGAUCCCAAAAGGCCCGAUUUUAUGAACCCCGAGGUCUUUCGCAGAAAUACCCUCCCUGCGCGGUCUUAUCACAUCCCCUCAACAUCUUUACUUCUCAAUGGGGCCUGGGAAUUCAAUAUGUCCCGGUCACCACCGGAGGCACCAGAGCCCAGCGAGAAGGCCUCCGACGAGGACUGGUCUAGUAUCAACGUUCCAGGCCAUUGGCAGUUGCAGGGUUGGGGAAAGCCGAAUUAUACCAACACACAAUUCCCAAUCCCAGUGUGCCCUCCUUUUGUACCCACCGAGAACCCCACGGGUACAUACCGUCGAAAAUUCCAAGUGCCGGCCGAAUGGAAAUCCGACAACACAGAGAUACGUUUGCGAUUCGAUGGCGUCGAUAGCGCGUACCAUGUUUGGGUGAAUAAGUCCUUGGUCGGGUAUGCGCAGGGCAGUAGAAACGCCUCUGAAUUUGAUGUCACACCGUUCUUGCAGGAGGGUGACAAUGAAGUGUUUGUGCGGGUGUAUCAAUGGUCAGAUGCUACAUAUAUUGAAGAUCAGGAUCAGUGGUGGUUAUCAGGAAUUUUCCGAGACGUCACAUUGAUUGCGUUCCCAGCCAACGAUCGUUUGAAUGACUGGUUCAUUCGCACAGACCUUGAUCCAGAGUACAAAAAUGCCACGCUUCUCGCAACGAUCGACUACCAAGUCUCCGAGCGAAGCACUAUUGCGCUUAAUGUGAUUGAGUCGGUGGAAGGCAACAGUAAUGUCAUUACUUCCACAGAGCACAAUGUAGAGCCAGCAACAUCUACAGUUGAGCUCAGCUUGCCUGUUGCAAACCCCCAAAAAUGGACUGCGGAGCGGCCGUAUCUGUAUGAAGUGGAGAUGAUCCUGGUAACUCCCGGAUCCAACAAGACGUACAAGACUACACAGCGCAUCGGUUUCCGCAAAGUCGAGCGCAAGGGUGGCUUUAUCACCGUUAAUGGGAAGGCUAUUCAAUUUCGUGGAGUCAAUCGACACGAUCACCACCCGCUUUUGGGUCGUGCCGUGCCAAUGGACUUCGUGAGAAAGGAUCUUCUUAUCAUGAAAGCUCAUAACAUCAAUUCCCUCCGCUGCAGCCAUUAUCCCCCGGACGCUCGGCUUCUGGACAUGGCUGAUGAGCUGGGUUUCUGGGUUAUUGAUGAGGCCGAUCUCGAAUGCCAUGGCUUUUAUGAUGCUGUCUCACGUCCAAUGGACAUUGACGAAACCCUUGGCUACGAGGAACGCAAGGCAAUGACCUUCCCCAAGUGUGGUGCCCAUACGUCAGACAACCCUGUGUGGCGGGCAGCCUACGUUGAUCGAGUUCACUCACUGAUGCAACGAGACAAAAACCAUACUAGUAUCAUUAUCUGGUCUAUGGGAAAUGAGUCUUUUUUCGGCACAUGUCAUCGUUCCAUGGUCGAGUAUGCCCGGGCCUUUGACAGUACUCGCUUGAUUCACUACGAGGGUGAUAUGGAUGCGGAAAUCACGGACAUGUUCAGCUACAUGUAUCCAGAAAUCGAGCGGUUAAAGUCAUUGGCAGCAACCGAGGGAGUGUCAGAGAACGGCGAGUUUGACAAGCCUAUCAUUCUUUGCGAAUACGCUCAUGCCAUGGGUAACGGACCAGGUUUGCUUACGGAUUAUGAGAAAUGCUUUGACGAGACCCCGCGUUUGCAGGGCGGUUUUAUCUGGGAAUGGGCAAAUCACGGCCUAUACGUCGAAGGAAACGAGAAGAAAGACGGUUUUUAUGCAUACGGUGGUGAUUUUGAUGACUAUCCCAACGAUGGAACGUUCGUCAUGGAUGGUCUCUUGAACAGUGUUCACCAACCUCUGCCAGGUCUGCUGGAGUUGAAGAGAGUUUUUGAGCCAGUCAAGCUGGAAGUCCGGGGACAAGUCUUGGCCUUGAAAAACCGGUACAACUUCUUGGACCUAAGCCACCUCCAAGCGUCAUACAAGCUGGAAUCAUUUGACAAGCAAGCAAAGAUUCUGGCAACUGGAUCGUUGGAGCUGCCCAUUGUGGCUGCUGGGCAAUUUGCUGAGAUUUCUCUCCCCACAGAGCUCUUCCAAUAUAAAGCCCAUCCAGCCUACUUAACCGUUACACUUGAGCAGAGAGGAGCGGUUGAAUGGGAUCAGGGUGCCUAUGUCGUUGCUUGGACACAGGAGUUGGUAUCUAAGCCAACGGAAAAAGUCCCGGUCAAUAGCCUGAGCUCUGCACAGGAACUUAUCUCAACCAAGUCCACCAAGACAAGUGUGCAUGUCACCGGGGCCAACUGGUCCUUCGAGUUUGAUCGAAUUAGGGGACAGCUCAAAAAGUGGACACUGAACUCGACUUCUAUACUUGAGCCACAUCCAGACACAGGGCUUGCCAUAGUGCCGGGUUUCUGGCGUCCUCCGACGGACAACGACGUGGCUUCCGCCAUGCCAUAUUGGAAGCGAUUUGGAGUGAACUGUCUCACAAACCAGUUCCGGUCUUUCAAUAUGUCAUCAAUGGAGCAUGGGAGUGUUUGCAUCGAAAGCGAGACGUUCCUCUCGCCCCCAGUUCUUUCCUGGGGAUGGAAAUGCGCUACGAGUUAUAUCAUCCAACCCAAUGGCUCAUUGGCUAUCACCACUAGCUUGAAACCCACUGGAGCUGCGCCGACAACUGUUCCUCGAGUUGGUCUCAAUGUCUGUGCAAACUCCAACUUGCAAUCCGCGCGUUGGCUUGGGCUUGGUCCUGGGGAAUCGUAUCCCGACAAGAAAGCUUCUCAGAGGUUUGGUUUGUGGAAUGUUGAUAACAUAAAAUCCCUACACACAGAUUAUGACAUUCCACAGGAGAAUGGAAAUCGUGUAGACACUGCCUGGGUGGAACUUCGCGCUGCGAAUGGCACAGGAUUCCGCGCAAGCCCGCAGGAAAGUACUGUGGUGAAUGGAGGAACGGCAAGCCUAAGCUGGGCGGCUAGCCAGUACUCUGAUAAGACCAUUGAGGAGGCACGACACCCUUGUGAUCUGAUCAAAGAUGAUGUGAUAUUUGUGAGGUUGGAUGACAAAGUUGCAGGCGUAGGCAGUGCGGCCUGUGGGCCCGGGCCUAUGGAUGAGCAUUUAGUUAAGGUACAGGAUAUGACCUUUAGUAUGCUGUUGGAACCUGUAUCGUUGUGA